AUGGCGGCCGGGGAGCCGGGGGAUUUGGGAGGCUAUUACUUCAGAUUUCUACCUCAGAAAACCUUCCCGUCCCUCACCUCCCAGGAGACCACCAGCCGGCUCCGCCAGUGGUCCAUGCUGGGUAGAAUAAAGGCGCAGGCAUUCGGAUUUGACCAGACCUUUCAGGCCUAUCGGAAGGAUGAUUUCGUUAUGGCUUUUUUCAAAGACCCAAAUGUUAUUCCCAAUUUGAAAUUACUUCCAGAUUCUUCUGGACAAUGGAUUACAUUAGGAACUCAAGUGAAAAAAAUUGAAGCUAUAAAUGUUCCUUGCACACAGCUUUCAAUGUCAUUUUUUAAUCGCUUAUACAAUGAAGAUAUUGUACGAGACAAUGGACAUAUUGUUAAGUGUUUGGAUUCUUUUUGUGAUCCCUUUCUCAUUUCUGAUGAGUUAAGAAAAGUUUUGCUAAUGGAAGACUCAGAAAAAUAUGAAGUGUUCAGCCAACUAGAUAGAGAAGAGUUCCUGUUUUGUCUUUUCAAACAUCUUUGCCUUGGUGGAGCCCUUUGUCAGUAUGAAGAUGUGCUUAAUCCGUAUCUGGAGACAACAAAACUUAUCUAUAAGGAUCUGGUGAGUGUUCGAAAGAACCCUCAAACCAAGAAAAUACAAAUUACAUCUUCUGUCUUUAAAGUUACAGCAUACGAUUCUGCCGGUAUGUGCUACCCUUCAACAAACAGUCAUGAACAGACAUUUUCUUACUUUAUCGUGGACCCCAUCAAGCGUCAUGUUCAUGUUUUGUACCACUGUUAUGGUGUGGGUGAAAUGUCUUAACAAUGCUGUUUCAGAUUAUCCAUGUCUACUAUUCUGUUUUUCAAUUCAUCCAUUUUUAAUUUUAAUUCUCAUUUACAGGUAAACAUUUACUUUGCAACUUAACUUGAGUAAAAUAUAAAGAGCUUGCUUAGAGCAGAAGAAAGCAAACACCAAAAUGCCUUUUUUCAAAUUCACCUGGAAUACUAACACAGGAACCAAUUUCUAUCCCUAAUAUGAUCUAUACUAAUACCAGUUGUAGAGUUUUUACAGACUUACAAGGAAUUAAAAAUCUAGUUCAUAUUUAUUGCAUUAAUACUCAAGUAAGUCCUCAAUUUUCCAUACAUCUUAUUUUGGAAGCUAAUUCUGAAUUGAAACUAUAACGUAGCAGAAAACUAAGCACCUUUACCACUGAUUAUUAAUAUUCAUUACUAACUCUUUAAACUUGAGUUUCAUUUAAUUACAUUUCUUCAUUGCAUAAAGAUUUAUGUCUCUAAAGCUGUGAAAAGUAUCCUAGUAAUCCUUUGUAUACAUUGUACCACUGAAAAGUCUCAAUUAAAAAAAAAGUUCUGAAAGCAUUUUGUAAACUUUUCUAAAUCACAUGAUAAAUUGAAAUUAAAAUUAGCCCUGCA